CCAAUCACGGGUGGGGGGCGGGGCAUCCCGGGCCCGCGGCUGUCCCCUGGCGACGGCGGCAGCCGCUCGUCCCCCCCUUUCGAGGAGACGGGGACGGUCCGUUGCUGAGCUUGGCGCGCGGUGACUUGCGGGCUGCUCCGCCUGCUCCUUGCCGCGGCGUAGGAGAGAAUAAAUAGCGGGCCGCCCAUAGCGAGCGGCAGUGGCGAAAUCCCCGUCCCCCCGUCUCGAGCCAUUGCACAGCACCCCCCCCCCGCCCAGGCCGCUGGGCUGGGCCGCGCUGCAUGCUGGGUAGUGUAGUCCCGCCCGAAGGUCCUGGAAGAUUAAGAACAGAUAGCAGAAGAGAGAGACGAAACACGUCCCAGACACGUGUAUAUCCCAUAAAGCACCGUACUUUGUACUAUAAAACGUCUUUAGAGUUUUACUGAGAUACGGUUUACCGCGUCACUCCGCCCGACCCGCUCUCUGGGUAAGACCCACGACGAGAGCCGCGUAGCUGCCAGGACCCGCCCGUCUCCGCCACCCCCACGCCAAGAUGUCGGCGGCCAUCGCCGCGCUCGCCUCCUACGGCGGCUCCGACUCGGAGCCCGAUUCGGAGCCCGAAGCUGAUGCCGGUCCACAGCGCGCCGUCGUGCUCGCCAGCCGUGACGCUGUGCUGCACCUCCGGCCGCCGCCCGCAGCGCCCCCGGCUCUGCCCGUGGACGCGGCCCCGGAAGUGGCGGUGAAGGAAGAUGUGGAAACUGGAGUCCAUCUUGAUCCUGCUAUUAAGGAGGUUCAGUACAAUCCUACUUAUGAGACCAUGUUUGCACCUGAGUUUGGACCAGAAAACCCAUUUAGGACUCAGCAAAUGGCUGCACCUAGAAAUAUGCUCUCUGGAUACGCAGAGCCAGCUCACAUCAAUGACUUCAUGUUUGAGCAACAACGAAGGACAUUUGUAACCUAUGGUUAUGCAUUAGACCCCUCUAUAGACAACCCUGAAGUUGCUACCAAGUAUAUUGGCUCUGUAGAAGAAGCUGAAAAAAAUCAAGGUUUAACAGUGUUUGAAACGGGACAAAAGAAAAUUGAAAAAAGGAAGAAAUUCAAGGAGAAUGAUGCAUCUAACAUUGAUGGUUUCCUGGGACCGUGGGCAAAGUAUGUUGAUGAAAAAGAAGUAGCCAAACCUUCAGAAGAAGAACAGAAGGAGUUGGAUGAAAUAACAGCUAAGAGGCAGAAGAGAGGAAAACUAGAAGAUGAUAAACCUGGAGAGGAGAAGACUAUAUUACAUGUUAAGGAAAUGUAUGACUAUCAAGGGAGAUCUUACCUUCAUGUUCCUCAAGAUGUUGGAGUUAAUCUCCGUUCUACAAUGCCACCUGAGAAAUGCUAUCUUCCAAAGAAACAAAUCCAUGUAUGGUCUGGACAUACAAAGGGAGUCAGUGCAGUUAGGUUGUUUCCACUCUCUGGGCAUAUGCUUCUGUCUUGCUCUAUGGAUUGCAAAAUUAAGCUGUGGGAAGUAUAUGGUGAUAGAAGAUGUCUACGGACGUUUAUUGGACAUGGGAAAGCUGUUCGAGACAUCUGUUUUAACAACGCUGGCACUCGGUUUCUGAGUGCUGCAUAUGACCGCUACAUUAAACUGUGGGACACUGAAACAGGACAGUGUAUUUCAAGAUUCACAAACAGAAAGGUUCCUUAUUGUGUCAAGUUCAAUCCUGAUGAAGAUAAACAAAAUCUCUUUGUUGCAGGAAUGUCAGAUAAGAAAAUUGUGCAAUGGGAUAUUCGGAGUGGUGAGAUUGUGCAGGAAUAUGAUAGACAUUUGGGAGCUGUCAACACCAUUGUGUUUGUGGAUGAAAAUAGAAGAUUUGUGAGUACGUCCGAUGAUAAAAGUUUAAGAGUCUGGGAAUGGGACAUUCCUGUAGACUUCAAGUAUAUUGCUGAGCCAAGUAUGCAUUCGAUGCCAGCCGUGACUUUGUCUCCAAAUGGGAAGUGGUUGGCUUGCCAGUCAAUGGAUAACCAAAUUCUGAUUUUUGGAGCUCAGAACAGAUUCAGAUUAAACAAAAAGAAAAUCUUCAAAGGUCACAUGGUAGCUGGCUACGCUUGUCAAGUGGAUUUUUCACCUGAUAUGAGCUAUGUGAUAUCUGGAGAUGCAGAUGGAAAGCUUAACAUCUGGGACUGGAAGACCACAAAACUCUACAGCAGAAUAAAAGCACAUGAUAAAGUCUGCAUUGGCGCAGUCUGGCAUCCUCACGAAACAUCCAAAGUCAUUACGUGCGGCUGGGAUGGUCUCAUUAAACUGUGGGACUAAAGAGGCUGCUGCAAGGAUCUGAAGUUGUAAGCCCUGAGAUGUGAGGUUGGAGUGAAUUCUGCUGUAAGGACAGGUAGACAUUUUGUGAUACAGCUGUUGGCAGCUGGCUGUAUAUAGGCUCUGAAAGUGGGAAAUCUUCAGAACGCUUGACUCAAAGGAUCUUGUUCUAAGCGCAACAUCUGGCUAUGAGAAUGUGAAGUGUGCAGCAUCAAGUGUUAGUUUGUCCUGUCACCUUCUGUGCAAAAUACUCUUGUAAAAUAAAAUAAAUUUAAGAAAAA